GGACGAGGUCAGAGAUGGGCGGCGACAGCGCCGUGGCCUGGGAGCCGGUGGCCGUGGCGUCCUCUGCCGCCUUGACGUCUCCGGGACCAGCAUCACCCAGCGGGUCGGGACGGCAGCGCGGCUGGCGGGUAGUCUGGCGCGGCUGGCGGCAAAAGGGGAUCGCUCCCAGACGCCUGCCGCGCGCAGUCGCGUACCGCGUCAAACAGACGCGCUCGUCUAGCGCGAUGAACUGGCGUGCCCACACUGACAGGCAUUAUGUGGAUCACUCGCGGUAAGACGAAGAAAAUCUUGACGCCCGGGUCUGCCUGUCGUCGAGCAUUGCAAUCUCCGUCCUCAUGGCGCCCAGGAAGCAAGCAAACAUGGCGAAGGCCUCGCAGGUUACACCUCCCAGCGCCACGCCGCCGCAGCCCACGACGCCGUCCAUUGUCUCCAAGCUACCAGACGUGCCCGAAAUCAAUGACAACGACUCCUUCGGCGAGCUGGCCCGGAAGCUGUCCUUUUACUUUGUCGAGGCCGUCACUACGCCCCUUACGUUUGACAAGCUUCUCAAAAGUCCCAACAUCGAAAGCCUGCAGCCCUUGAUCGAUUGGCUCUCGACCGAUGCCCACCACCCGGCCAUUGUGGCCGCCCUGCUCGCCCUCAGUGGCCAUUUCGCCGCCGCCGAGGUUAUCGACAACCGCGGCGUCAACCUAGCUCGCGGCCAUGCUUGCGAGGUUGUCGCCUGGCAAUUUGUCAUUAACCUUUCCGAGCGAGAGGUCAUCGAUUUCCUCUUGUAUGAGCUUCCGCCCAACGCCAAAGACGUCGAUGACCCGAGGCACCCGAGACACGAUCCCGAGGCGCAGAAUGGCAAGGAUGCAAAGACAGCUGGCAAAACCAAAUCAGUAGGAAAGCCAACGGCGGGGCCGUCUAUCGGACCGUCAGCCGGGAAGCCAUCCAAUGGUAACACGGACGAGAGUACGCCUCUAUUGUCCAAGGACCAGGGUCAGCCUGGCAGCCUCGAUGUCUCUGAGCCGGCAGUGCAUUUCGCGGAUGACCAGGAUGGAUCAACCUAUUUUGGUACCGACCAUGUGUUGCAUGAGAACGAGAUGACGGACGCCGAGCAAUUCGAACAUCAGUUUGAGUCACUGAAUGCUCUCGAGAUUGCCGCCGUCUCUAAUGCGAAGAAGUUCCUCAUGCAGCAGAUUGUGCAGGACGUCAUCAACGGUAUCUGGCAUGGUAACAUUGUGUUCUGGGAGAGUCUGAGUGUACGCUCCAAGAAGGUGCCCAAGCUCUACAACAAGCACAAAACCGACCCGUAUUGUCGCCUGCGCGUUCCUCGCUACAUCAAAACAUUCGAAGUUGUCUUCUUUAUUGUCUUCCUUGCUUUGUACUACGCUGUUCUGAUCGAGCGACCGUUGCAUUACAUCAAUGCGACCGAGAUUGCUUUGUACGUGUUUAUCGCGAGCUUCACCUACGACGAGUUGAGCGAAUUCUAUGAUGCCGGCGAACUGUUCUACAUUACGGAUUUCUGGAGUUGGUGGGACCUGUCAAUCAUAGCCAUUGGAAUCUCGUUUAUUGUACUCCGCAUUGUCGGUGUGACGAGAGAGUCCGAUCAUCUCAUCAAGAUAGCAUUCGACAUUUUGUCACUGGAAGCAAUCUUUUUGGUCCCGCGUAUCUUCUCCAUACUCAGUCUCAACCCUUACUUUGGUACUUUGCUACCCUGUCUCAAGGAAAUGGCGAAGCAAUUUGCCAAGUUUAUGAGCAUCGUCGUCAUGGCUUAUUUCGGGUUUCUCUCAACAAUGACUCUGCUUGCGCGGGGUAACCUUCAGAUCAACGACGUCGCCUGGGUCUCGAUGAAAGUCUUCUUUGGUAGGGCGGGUGUUGUUGGAUUUGACGCGGCAAAUGACAUUUCGCCAUACUUGGGUUUGCCCGUGAUGUUGGUGUUUGUUUGCAUGACGAAUAUUCUCUUGAUCACUACGAUGACCAGCUUCAUCGGUACCAGUUUAACUAAGGUUUUGGACUCCUCUAGAGAGGAAUAUCUUUAUGUUUACUCGAUCUACGUCCUCGAGGCCUCCACAUCCGACCGACUGACAUAUUUCUUCCCACCACUCAACCUGUUGCCGUUGGUGCUGCUGCGGCCGCUGGGAUUGGUGGCACCGGCAGAAAAGCUCCGAGCGGCGCGCAUCCUGCUGCUCAAGGUCACGCACGCCCCGUACGUUGCUGUGAUCUGGCUGUACGAGAACGGCGGGCAGUACAUGGCUCAGACCCCGUCGCUGCGCGGGUCGCUUGCAUCCUCGAAGCGGACAGCUGCAGCAGACACCCCGGGCAAGAGUGGCGCGAAGCCUCGGUCGUUCAAGUCGUCGCUCAAGGCGCCGCGGACGGCGUUGUUUGGGCGGAGCGGAAAGUGGCCGGGGUUGGGGCACAAGAACCGGGGCUCUACGGCCGGAGCGAGCGAGGUGCUUGCCCUGAGGGCUCAGGUUGCGCAGCUCCAGGCGCAGGUGGCCGAGAGGCAGGGGCAGAAAUGAAGGCGCGGGUGGGACCAGUGCGGGCAACGGUGCGCAAUGCGUUUAGCAGCGUGGAGCGCGGAGCUGGGCCGUGCCCGGCUAAGAGCGGUGCGGAGAGGGCUUUGACGGGCUCGGUUUGGAAGCGAAGAUCAUGCUUCGCGCAGCAGAUCAGCAAAUUGGACGCGAGAGCAAUAGUCCUGUGCGGUUAAGCCUGUGAGUUGGGGCACUAAGAUUCGGUCCGCCCACCGUGGGCGGGAGUGUAGGGGAACCUUCAUCUUGGGCCCCGCUAGUGACUGGCAC